AUCAGAGAGGUGGCAGCUGUGGGAGCUGAGCCUUCACUUCUUGCACUUACCAUACCCUGGUGUUGCCUGGGAAACCCUGCAAUGGAAGGAGGAUCUAGGUAUCCUGAUCCCAGCUCCGUGCUCACACUAUGUCACAAGCAUAGCCCAUGGUCCCCACAUUGGUACCUCUGUGGAUCCAUGUGGAAUCCUGUUAGGAGGCUGAGGGGCACGGAGAAGGGGCUCAGUUUCCCUACAUGGCAUUCCCUUUCCUCUUGAUUUGGGGAAUACCAAAGGCUAGGCACCUCCUGGGCUACUCUAACAGCUGGUGACAUAGGGACCCCAUGCCUGGGGUGGGGAACAGAAGACACAACAGACUGUGAUGAAAUAUGGACACACGUGCACGCACACACACACACACACACACACACACACACACACACACCUCAGAAACCCAGAUAAACAUGUGCGGCACAUGCAUGGGCCCAUGUGUGCAUUCACAGCCACACCCACCCUGGAUGGACAUGUGAGCAGGAGACAUCCUUGCAGGGGAAGGAGCAUGGGUUUUGAAAUAGACAAAAAGUCUAUUUCCUUGAAAAGUCUGUCUUCAAAAAGAACUCUAGUUUUUUUGGCUGUGACCUUGGUGUUUUAGGAACCUUGGCUAAAAGAUCGGGGUGGGGGGGUCCUCCAUUCUCAUUGCCAGGUCCCCCUAAUCUUUCAACAGGAGUGAAGAGAGAGUGUUGGGCUAAACUGAGAUGGCCUGCCCUGUGAGCUUAGCCCGCUUCUGCUGAGGCCCACCGGAGAGAGGUGGCCUCUUUCUCUCGCAGAGCCGUUUCAAAGCAGCAGGCACGCAAGGCUGCUCGUGACAGCACAGCGUGUGAACGUCACAGACCAGCUCGUGUGUUUGCACCUCCCCUCGUUAUGACCUGUACAAACCGUGUCCUCGCCUGAUGCAUCUCGCGUGUUGUGAGGAGUAAACAGAGUGACCUGUGGCCAGCACUUUGCACGUGGACAGCUUGGAACAAGCCCUUGGGAAGUGCUCACCGUCGCCCGGCCCGUGGCUGCUUGCGCCUGGGACCAUGUUUCCCCCAAGCCUGUUUAUCACGGCCAUUUGCCUCCAGAUGAGGGGGACGUUGCCACAUGUUAGCUAGGGCAGUUUACUGUCUAGGCUGUUUUCUAAUCUGUAAAAUUGGGAUAACGAUAGCACCUACUUCUCGGAGUUGCUUCAAGGACGGAUUACUUGUGCAAGAGAGUCGGGCCUGUCCCUCGGGACUGGAGCUGCCCACUGUGUUGCUGGAGAUGGAGCGGAGCCGGCGGGCCCAGGAACAGCUCCUGUGGGACUUGGAGCUGCUGACUGGGGCGGGGCUGGGCCUCUUCUGGCCCCCCCGGGCCCAGUUCUGCGGUCUGAGGGACCCGGCCCAGUGUGCAUGGAGCCAGCGCAGCAAGCCCCGUGGUAGGAUGGGUAGGGGCCCCGAGCAGCCGAACAGCUGGAGUUCCAGGCCAUGCCCAUUGCCUCAGGCUGGGGACUCCCUGAGCCAGAACCAUCAGCUUCCUGAGGGGGGGCUGGCGGUAGUCCCAUCAUCAGCCCUGGAUCUGGGUGAAGCUGGGAGUCACAGAGACCCAAGGCGGGCGAGCCCUGCUCUGCCUGCAGAGUCCACACCUGGCUGCCUACAAGAGCUGAACCCCACCACCAGCUUUGGGGACCCAGGAAGUUCUGAGUUCAAGAACCUGGCCCAGAGGGCAGAGAGGAGACAAGCAGGACCCACAACCCAGAGGCCCUGUCAACAGCCAUCCGUGAAUGUAGGCGGUCGCAAGCUCACUCAGGGAGCCCCAAGGCUCUGGGGCCUGCCCUCCCGGGGCUUGCCAGAACCCCAGGUUCCCCUGGAGGGGCUGGGCUGGAGCCUGGGCCGGGAGAGAGCAGAACUUCAGAAGCUGCUGAGGAUCGAGAUUCCUCAGAGGCAGAGAGAGGGGGACCCUCAGGAGCAGAAAGAAGAGAGCCCCCAGGGUCAGAGAGGGGAAGCCCCCCGGGGGGAGAGCAAAGAAGUUCCUUCCAGACACAGAGAGAAGACACACCAGGGUCAGAGUGCGGAGGCCACUCAGGCUCUGAGGGAGGAGGUCUCUGAGUAUCCCAGGUGUGAGGCUCCCCAGAGUGAGAGGAGAGAGUCUCCUCAAGGUCAAAGAGGAAAUAGCCCUAAGUGUCAGAGAACGGAGGCUCUCCAGGAGCCACAAGACCCGGAAAUGAAGACCCUUCAGACUUCCCCAGGCCCUAACCGGGAGGUGGCUGAGGGAGAGGUGCCUACACAACCCCCGGAGGAAGGCGGCUCCCUGGGAAUUUCUAGGGUUCUCUGUAGGUCCCUGGGAGAACAGAUGCCACAGCAAAGGGGUAGGGAGAGCCCUGGCUCCGGGGAAAGGGCCGCCCAGCGGCGAGAGUCAGCACCGGGCGCGGGAGAGCAGAGGGCCUCCGGGGAGCGGGUACGGACUCCCCUUCCACCCCCGAGGCCCCCGACCCGGCCGCUGCUCCCAAGCCCAGGGGCCGAGACGCUAGAGGCCCCAAGCCCUGGGAGCUCGGGGCAGCAGGAGCGCCCCGCAGCUCCCCGGGGGCACCCAGGGCUGGUGCCCGACCCGCACGGGCUUCAGGACCGGGAAGGAAGCCCAGGCCCGGCGGAGCAAGUGCCGGGCGCCGGCGGGGAGCCGAGGGGCGACGCGGAGGCCCCCGAGGCCUCGAAGGCCGCGUGGCCCUGGCCCCCGGGCAGGGAGAAGGCGUCGGCGGGUGUGAGCGCGGUGCAGCAGGAGACCGCUCUGCAGCGGCUGCUGGAGCUGCACCGCGCGGCCAGGCGCCGGCGGCGGCAGGAUCGCGAGCAGCAGCGGCUCCGGGUCUUGGAAUGCCUCCGCAUCGCCAGGAACCGCCACUGCCGGGUGCACCCUCUGGGGCCCCCACCCAGCCCAGCUCAGCUCCAGCCACAGGAACACCCAGAACUUCCAGCAGCUACUGUGGCCUCGCACUGAGGACCCUUUGCCAGGAGAGGAGCCCUCGCCCUUCGCAGCCCCAUCUAGUCAUUGCUGAAUCCUCAAAGGGAUGAUUAAAGAGAUGGGGAUUAAAGAAAAAGCAAGUGCAGGUUAGAGGGAGUUCCAAGAAAGGCCCCGAACGCUGCCUCGGGGCCUGGGAGGGCCAGAAACACACACACAGCAGCUCAGUCCCACUAGAAGGCGUGUUAUUUCGUCUUCCCUCCCCUAACUCCACUGCCCGGCCAAGGUCAGAGAGCCAGGUCCCGGGGGUCAAGCAGUGCGAAGGCCCCAUUCUUUCGGAAGAAUGAUUCGAUGCGGCACAUCUUACAGGAGACCAGUUCUUGCUUCACCGGGGGGCCUGGGAAAAAAUGUCAGAGGCCAGGAAUGAUGGGUCCUGGGAAAGGGAACUUGGCCAGAGCAUGGGGGCCCUGCCUUCCUAGCCCUAGGAAUCUGCCUGUAUUGUAUCCACUUUGUAUCCUUUGUGAAGGAAUGAAAAGUGCUUCUGAGGAA